AUGAUCUCUUUGAUCACAAUAGGUUCUGAAAUAGGUACCGGAUCUACCAAGAGACCAAGAAGACAUACCUUUUCGACUGCCAGAGAACACCAAGAGAUAGUCAAACAACAAGUUCAAGCUGAAGCAUUGGGUAAACUACAACAAUCAGAACAAGAUUUCACGAAAUCAAAGGGAAAAGGCAAGAUGGUCGUAGACGCUGACUCUUUACCAGACAAGAACGAUAUCGAAACCCGUUCGAUGAUCUCAGCACGUCGAUUAAAACAUCGCGGGUUUAUCAAAGCUCAUGGAGAACGACUUGGAGAUGCAGUUAACAAAUGGAUCAAAGCUAACGCAGAAGCUGAGAAGAAGUUAAACAGAGUAGUAAAAUUUAAAGAACCACUUCAUCAAUCGGUUCGUUCUGAAGAAAGUGAAUAUUGUGAAUAUGCUAAAUCUCUUAUUCAUGCUUCUUUGAUGACUUAUCUCGUUUAA